CCCGCCGUGGGCAGCAGAGGGGCACUGGAGAGCGACCCCCGGGGGACAGUGUGCGAGCCCAGGGGGGACCUGCCUGCCGGGGGCGGAGGGCCAUUGGCCCUCAGGGGGCGCGGGUCGCUGGGAAGGCCAGAGAGGGCAUCUAAUGGCGGGCUCCUGCCCCUGCGGUGCCUAGCACAGUGCCAGGCCGCACCCAGCCAUCCCCUAGGCUUAGCGGGGAGAAUGGGCUGAGCCCCAGGGCUGCAGGGUGUCAGGGCUUCUCGCAAGGGGGGAGUGCCAGGGACUGUGGGGAGAGCCAGCCCUCCCCCUCCAGCAGUUCCCAGAUGUCAUUCUGCCCGCCUAGGCGCCUGGUUCCUGAGCUCAGGGGGAUUCCACAGUUACUAAGCUACUGGUUUUUGUUGACUUUUAAAUAUUUUCUUCUAAGGGAGAGGGGGAGGGGGGCCAAAGUCAGGAAAGAGCAAAUAAAAACAAAUCAAAAUAAGCUCCCCCUCCCCAAAAGAAAGCUGUCCUCCAUCCCCCACUCACACACAAAUCCAAGACCUCUGAGCACAGGAACCUUGCUGGAGCAACAGCCGGACAGAACUGAACUAUUUCUGCCCCAUCCGCCUCUCCCUUUCUGGUGAAUGAGGGGUGGCGGUGGAUGGUCCCCCUGUCUUCGAGCCCUGGGUGGACAAAAGGGCUUCCUGAAAGAGAGGAGGAGGAUGGCCAGUGGCAACGGGCUCCCUUCCGCCUCGGCCCUGGUGGCCAAGCGCUCCUCCGCCCUGGGCCCGUUCCCCAGAUACAUCUGGAUCCACCAGGACACACCCCAAGACAGCCUCGACAAGACCUGCCAUGAAAUCUGGAAGAGAGUUCAGGGUCUACCUGAGGCCUUGCAGCCCAGGUCCUCCAGGGAGCAGUUCUCUGCCCCCAUGUCUGGGACUCCAGGAGACAACAGGCUCAGCUUCCAGGAAGAGGCACUGGAGUUCAGCAGCUACAAAGAUGAGAUCUCCCUGUUGGUGGAGCAGGAGUUCUUGAGCCUCACCAAAGAGAACCUCAUCCUGGUGUCAGAGAGCCCUGGGGAGCUGGAGGUGCCGGGCAACUCUCCUGAGGGACCCAGACAGCCAGACCCAGGCGGCCUUCUUGGGCUGCCUUUGGUGGCAGGCAACAGUGAGCGCCCAGCAGCUGCCCUCACCGCCAGUGCCAAGCUUUUGGAGCCGAAGGUGACCAUGUCCCUCAUGAGCAGCCGGCAGGACUGCGAUUCUGCCAUGUCCACGGUCACGGGCAUCCUGCGUGCUGCCAAGGUUAAGAGUGUCAAGGGGACAGAGGACGGGGGCCACAGCCUGGGCGUCUCUAACUCAGAGAUCAGCAAGCUCCUGGCCCAGUUCCCCCUGAAGUCCGCAGAAACGUGCCAGGACCCCGACAACAAGAUGGUGCUGGAGGGGACAAGAGUCAUCAAGGACUUCCUGCAGAACAGCAUGUUCAAUGGCCCUGGACCCAGGGAGCCCGCUGGGCUGGGCCCAUUCCUGCUGCUGCCGCCCCCCACCUCUCCUGCACCCCCUGACAAGCUCCCUGAGCUCCCUGCCCAGAAGAGGCAGCUCCCAGUAUUCGCCAAGAUCUGCUCCAAGCCCGAGGCUGACCCUGCUGUGGAGGGGCACCACCUGAUGGAGCGAAACCCUGGCAUCAAGGAGCCAACCAAAGGUCGAGAGAGCCUCCUUCCCAGUCAGUGGCCCCAGAGCCGGAAGGACACUUGUGGUGAGGAGGGUUGCAGCGACCCGCUGGGUUCCAUGUCCGUGGCCCUGCAAGCCAAGAAGCCUCCAUGGCCUGCUGAGAAGAACCUGCUCUAUGAGUUCCUCGGGGCCACCAAGAACCCAGGCGGACAGCUGAGGCUUCGCAGCAAAAUGGAGAUGGAUGGGCUGGAGCUGAAACUGAACCCACCUGCGACCAUGGCCGACAAGAACAACCUCAAGUACACAGGGAAUGUUUUCACACCACGCUUUGCUACCACCUUGACCUCAGCAACCCUGAACCAGCCACUCUGGCUUAAUCUCAACUACCCGCCUCCGCCGGUGUUCACAAAUCACUCCACCUUCCCACAGUACCAGGGCCUGUACCCUCAGCGGGCGGCCAGGAUGCCUUAUCAGCAGGCCCUGCACCCCCAGCUGGGGUGCUACUCCCGACAGGUGACACCGUACAGCCCACAGCAGAUGGGACAGCAGAUUUUCCGCUCUUCCUACACCCCCCUGCUGAGCUACGUCCCCUUCGUCCAGCCCAACUAUCCGUACCCCCAGAGGACACCUCCAAAGCUGUCCGCCAAUCCCCGAGAUCCUUCACCCAUGGCAGGAGAUGGGCCGCAGUACCUCUUCCCCCAGGUGUAUGGGUUCGGCUCGACGUCUGGUGGACCCCUGAUGAACAGCCCCUAUUUUUCCUCUAGUGGGAAUGGCAUAAAUUUUUAGAUCUCCUUCACUUCUCCCUCCUACCUUAGCCCUUAGAGCAGGGCUAAGGGCUCUGGAAUUCUGGAUUCUGCAACGGCUUGGUAGGAAGUUUGGAAAGCCAAGGUUCCCACCAGGUCACAGACAGAAAACAGCAAGACCAGACUCAGCUGUUGACCAACACUCGCACAUACACACACACACACAUGCACACACAUACCCCAAACUGCACACACACACCCCUCAUAGUCAUACUUACUUGCUCAACCACAUAUGCACCUGUAUUUAGCUAACAUGAGUGAUUUUUGUUUUUGUUGUUGUUGGUAAAAUAGAAGUAAGACUUAAUUUUAGAAAGUUUGUAUUUUAUGAUAAAAGUAUGAGCUGCUUGAAA